AUACAUAACACUAUAUGUCGAUGUUGCAACUGCCGAAGAGCGCACAAUAAAACAAAGGGAGACCAGCGGUGUUGGGCAGACGACAACUUUGCAAGGUGUGGAAAUACUAAAGAGAAAAUUAACGUGAGAGAGGGAGGCUGUUGUUUGGUUUCUAAAAGUCAAUCAUGUCGGUUCCUAUGCUUAAGAUGUCUGAAAAAGACCAACUUCUUCCAGUAAAUAGAAGUGACAGUAUUGUUAGAUCUUUUCCUGAUAUUUUGGAAGAGUAUAUCAGACCUUGUUUUGCAGAGUUCCUUGGCGUGACACUGUUUGUAUUCAUUGGCUGUACUUCAGUUUAUAACACUGGGGGCAAUAUUGUUGGAAUAGCCUUUGCUCAUGGCUUAUCCAUCGCUCUCUUGAUCAUUGCAACUGGAUCCAUAAGUGGUGGACAUUUAAACCCUGCAGUUACCUUAGGAAUACUAAUUUCUGGUGCCAUUACCCCCUUUAAAGCUAUUCUCUAUGUUGUGGCGCAGGUUCUUGGUGGCAUCUUGGGUGCUGGUAUUUCCAGGGGUGUGCUGGGGGAUGAGCUUUAUAAAAAUAUAAGUGGAGGAGCCCAUGACUUGUCUGCCCAUGUUUCUGUUGGGGAAGGUGUUCUCUGUGAAGUCAUGUUGACUGCUAUGCUGGUCACAGUCAUCCUAAGUUCUGCAGUUGACCCCAAAACCAAGAAUGUUCUUGCUCCAUUGGGCAUCGGAUUUACAGUUGUUGCUGACAUUCUAGCAGGGGGUGGAAUUACUGGUGCUUCAAUGAACCCUGCUCGUAGUUUUGGACCUGCCAUUGUAGUCAGCUAUGCCAAAAAUGUCUGGACAAAUCAUUGGAUUUAUUGGGUGGCUCCAUCUGUUGGGGCUUCAUUUGCUGCAGUCUGUUACAGACUUGUUCUUGCAAGUCCAGAGAACAGAUUCAUUAAACCUCAAAACUGAAGAUGACCAGUUCAAGAUGUUCAUGUCUUCUGCAAUGCUUAAAUGAACUGCUUUCGUAUAUAGUUAGUUUUUUUUUAAGUUGUCCUACCCCCUGUCAUGCAGUUUCAGUCAGUAUCAUGGUUGUACUAGAGGACACAUUUAUGUCCCAUAACUAGAGAUCAAACUGUGAUAGUUGACAAAACUAUUUUGUUUAUUUUUUUAUUGUUAUAGAUUUUGUUUGUAAUAAAACAAAUAUAUGAAGUAUUAUAUUUAAUUUACCAUAUGUAUAUUGUAAUAAAGAGUCCCACAUUUAAUGCAGCUGUCCACUAACAGUUAGUGAAUAGCAGUCUGGCGUUUCAACUGGAGGACUGAAAUUUGUUUGAAAUGUAUUUUGUUACUAUAUUGGAAAUGUGCACUGAAUAUUAAAUCUAGACUACCCUUACCUGCUUAUGUUUUUCUACCAAAAAUACUGUUUGCAAUAGUAUGUAAAUUGUAAUACUCAUGUUCAUGGUAUUUAUUUAUACAAAUCUUGCAUUUACUGUGUAUGUUUACAAGACAUUCUAUUCUUGUUUAUGAGGUUGUUUUUCCAUAUAUUAGAACUGAUUUUCUCUUCACCUGUCUCAUACUGUCACUUUAUCUCAUUGACAGGGUAAACAUUUAGUGAAGGCCAGAUUGAGUUUUUUCAAAAUAGUUCAAGGCCAUUUCAUUGCUUAUUUUGUUAUGUUUAAUAUUUUUUUUUAAAAUUCAAUACUCUUGAGCCUGUACUUCAGUAACUGACCUAGUUUGGAAUGUUUACAUGUGGUUGUAUAUACAUUCUGAAUGAAGUGUAUAAUUAUACUUUCAAACUUCAAUAAAUAAAUAAAAUUUAA